AUGGCCGAAUCGGGAAAGCCUCUCAACCAGGAGGAGGUCUCGCGCCUUCUGAGGCAUUUUAGUGGCGAGGGCCCUCCGGCCAAUGAUCGGUGGGCAGCCCUAUGGGAUGCGGGCGACUUCCUCCCUUGGGAUCAGGGCAUUCCCAAUCCAGCCCUUGUGCAUGUCAUGGAGAACCGGCAGGAUCUCAUUGGUGCCUCUGUCUUUAUUCAAGACGACGAAAAAGGGGAGCGUCGGCGGAAGCGGGCAUUGGUGCCAGGCUGUGGACGUGGGUAUGACGUCCUCCUCCUGUCUAGCCUAGGUUACGACGCCUAUGGCCUUGAGGUGUCAGCUAAGGCAGUUGAGGAAGCUAAUACUUGGGCUGAGGAGCAUCUGGCCGAUUAUCCUGUUCGAGAUCAGGCAGCAGGGCCCGGGACGGCGCGGUUCAUCAUAGGCGACUUUUUUAGUAACGAGUGGAUUGCACGCAUGGAUCCGGUUGACAAAUUCGAGUUCAUUUACGACUAUACCUUCUUCUGUGCCCUCAGCCCUGACCUUCGUCCCUCCUGGGCUCGUCGGUACUGGGAUCUCCUUUCCACGCACCAGGAAAGUGUGAUCGUCUGCGUCGAAUUCCCGACCCAAAAAAAGCUGUCCCUCGGUGGGCCCCCCUUUGCCUCGCCCUCAUCCGUCUAUUUGGCGCACUUGAGUCACCCUGGACAGGAAAUUCCUUAUGACGUCGAAGGAACACCCAUCAAUACUGAGGAGGGGCAGCUCGAACCUGCGAAUGGAUUUCAAAGAGUCGGCCAUUGGAAGGCUGAGCAGUCACAUGCGAUGGGAAAAGGUAUGGAUUGGGUGAGUGUGUGGAGACGUUCGAUGUGA